CGGUGAGGGGGCAAGACUUCCUUGCUGUUGCUAAGACACUCUUGUUUCCCUCCUUGACAACCCUGGCGGGGGUGUGCUCGCUGAGGCCCUGGCUUCGGCCCCCGCGGGAGCAGCACCCCUUGGGGAAAGACAUUUUCUGCUCCCACCAAGCUGGCUGGGCCUGCUUCCUGAAUCUCCUGGGUGUGUCUUAAUUACCAGUCCCAGCACCUCCUGAAAGCCCCACUCUCUCCUCCUGGUCACAGAGGAAGGAUCAUGGGAGAAACAGAAGGGAAGAAAGAUGAGGCUGAUUAUAAACGACUGCAGACCUUCCCUCUGGUCAGGCACUCGGACAUGCCAGAGGAGAUGCGAGUGGAGACCAUGGAGCUGUGUGUCACGGCCUGUGAGAAAUUCUCCAACAACAACGAGAGCGCCGCCAAGAUGAUCAAAGAGACCAUGGACAAGAAGUUCGGCUCCUCCUGGCACGUGGUGAUCGGCGAAGGCUUCGGCUUUGAGAUCACGCAUGAGGUGAAGAACCUACUCUACCUGUACUUCGGGGGGACCCUGGCUGUGUGUGUCUGGAAGUGCUCCUGACACUGUCCCCCGCCCCUGCCCCCGUCCCCCGCGGGCCUUUUCCUGCUGUUGCUCUGGGAUGGGGAGCAGCCCCAGGCAGGUCCUGACUUUCCAGAGGAAAGCCGGGGUCUUUUCUCUUGUCCUGUGUACCGUUUCCUGAGCCGCGCCCGGUGUGGGUGUGUGAAUUUGUUGACAUCUCUGUCCCCAGGCUCGCAGCCAUCUCACGCUGAGUCCCAGGGUGUGAGGGGGCGGCAGGGGAGGGGUGGGGAGAUGUGACAGGGUAGAAGGAGCAGGGGAGAUGGAACUUCUCGCACCGGGACACGCCAGCCCCGCCUCUCCGAGUGGCUGCUCACCCCUCAGAGCCCGGGAGCCCCCUCGCUCCCGCCCGCAGCACUGCAGGCAGGCGUCCGCUGUCCUCGGCUGUACGGGCCAUAUGCAGAUGGCCUCGAGAGGGAGUCUCUCCUCGGGGGUCGCUGGCGCUUCUCUCCUUGUCCUCCGGAGAAGUGGUGACCCCCACCCCGCCCCAGAAGCCCCUUUCCCGGCCUGACCCCGGGCUGAACAAGCCACUGCAUCUCGUUGGGCCGACAGCUCCACAGCCCCGGGCUUUGACGUGAGGACCGAGCAGCCUGUCCCCCUCCGUCCCCUCCCCGCUCCCCAGCCGCCAGGCCGCGUGAACCUGUUACCUUGCCUCACCCAUGCAGUUGGUAACCAGUGGCUGAGGGUGUGGGAACUGCGACUGCGCCGUUUCUCAAAGUGUCACUGACCUCCGGUGAGACGCCUGGGCCAGGGGUGCCCUCGCCGUGAGGCCUGUUUCAGCAGGGAAACCUGGCCUGCCACUUACUUCUCAUCAGGGACCGCAUGCUGAUUUGUACUUCUUAUCUCUACUGGGUUUUCUAUAUUCUUUUUGAGUGUGGGGAGAAGGGUUUUAGUAGACGGGUGAAUCCUAUUUUACACAGCGGUCUUAUUUAUAUGAAUGUCUUGGAUUUUACAAUUAAAAUAACCAAAAACUGA